GCCGGUUUAUGUUAACGGCUUAGUUGUGCGGUAUAUGGGUUUGUUUUCCAGUUGCUUAUCUUUCAUUGAAUGUUAUGCGGUUUUAUUUAGCAGAAAGGUUUGUUGAUGAUUUAUCGCGUUGCUUACGGUUGUGGUUGGUUUUUAAGCUGGUUUUAACUAUGCGGUUCAUUACUACUCGCAGCCCCAGCGAUGCAUUAGGAGCAUGCGGCGGCAGCAGGGCAUGCGACUUGAUGAUAGAUACGUUCCGUACUUGCAGAUGGCAGGUCUAUACCAUCUUGCAAGGUUGAACGACCGAUGGUUCCGGCUAGACGAGGCCCUUGUCAGUGCAUUCGUGGAGCGAUGGCGUCCCGAGACGCACACGUUUCAUAUGCCGUUCGGAGAGUGCACUAUCACACUCCAGGAUGUGGCAUACCAGCUGGGUUUGCCAGUGGACGGCCAUUACGUGAGCGGGUGCCUGUCAGAGUUCCAUAUAUACAUCGAGGGUGGCCGUCCAGCCUGGGUCUGGUUCCAGGAGUUGCUCAGAGUUAUACCUCCUCCUAGUCAGGUUCAGAAGUACGCCGUGAACUGCAGCUGGUUUCAGGAGACUUUUGGCGAGUGCCCGGAAGAUGCAGAUGAGGAGACUGUGCGCCGAUAUGCCCGUGCGUACAUCAUGAUGUUGUUGGGCACGCAGCUGUUCGCGGACAAGUCCGGGAACCGGAUUCACAUCAGAUGGCUUCCGUAUGUAGCGAGGCUGGAGGAGCUGGGUACCUACAGCUGGGGUUCUGCAGCACUGGCUUGGUUGUACCGUUGCAUGUGCCGAGUCGCGAACAGACAUGUCGUCAAGUUAGCCGGCCCGCUUCAGCUACUUCAGUCUUGGAUCUUUUGGCGCUUUCCUCAGUUUAGGCCUGCAGGAUAUGAGACGUUCAGCUGGCCAUUGGCCUCGAGAUGGUCAGGUUACAACCCUUCCGGGAGCGAGAAGGGUCCUAGAGUGCAGAUGUGGAGGCUCAGGAUAGACCGGUUACAGGACAGGGAGGUGAGUAUGCAAUUCAUAUGGAUGCCGUACAGUAGCCCCGACGUACUUCAGGUUUUGCAUCCGGAGGUUUUGGAGCCUCGGCAUAUGGCGUUGUGGCGCUCUGUGACCGCGCUGAUCUACUUUGCUGUCAUAGAGUGGCAUCAGAUAGAUCGUGUUCUUCCGUAG